UCCAUCAUCCUCAUCUUCUCCCUCCUCCCCCACCCACCCUCUUCUUUCCACCCAUCUUCCACCUUUCCAUCGAGAAUCGAACGACGAACACGACUCUUGCAUCUUAUCAUCAGCUGCUCUUUUGAUCGACAAAUCACUACUGCUUCGUGUGUUCUCGGCUCUAUUUCUAUCUCGUCCUUCCUUUUUCCGGACCACUUUUAUUCUUCCUCCUCCAUUCCUCGUUCGCUCGCCGGGACGACUCCCGUUUGCUUCUGCCAACUCAUCAACGAAUCCUGUUUCGCCUUCCCUCCCGGUUUCUCCUCGAGUAAACGGAUGGCGGGCUGAACGGUGUCGACUGAUGAGCGAACCCUCCCCAUUCGGCUCUUGUUAGCGAUCAACAUAUGGCCAGGCAAAGGCCCAGCUUUCACCGCCAGGACCCUCUUGAGGACUCUUCCGCUGGAAUUUCCGCCUCCGCCGCCAGAAUCACCCGCUCCGCCGCGAGACUAGCCGCCGACCCCCCUCCGCCCACCAGCUCCGCCUCCUCGCCUGCGAUCCCUGCCGCUGGCCCGGCUCCCUCUCGGAAGCGUAGAGCUCCUGUACGCAGCGAUCGGCCUGCGGACGCCCCGGGACAACCGAACGACUCGUCUCCAACCCGAAAGACCAAGAGACAGAGGCGUGCAGCUUCUCCCCCAGCGGCGGCAGGCUCCGCAGCUCCCCGUCGUGGUACUCGAAACCGCCCAACUAUGUCCCAACCCGGUCCGUCCUCGCGUCCCACGGAGGAGUCUUCAAGAAAUCAAACUUCGCCUCCGACAUCUCGACGAAAGUCUAGUCGAAAUGGAAAACCAUCGCAAGAGCGACUCUCGGCUACUCAAUCCUCUUCGCCCCAUCGACAGAAGAAGCACCAACCGAGAGCAAAUGCGGAUGUUGUCAUGAAAGAUGCGGAUGCGGAUGAGGACUUGGAAGGACAGGAUCGGAGUGAAGACCAUGAGUCGUCUCCUCCAAGCGAUAGCAAUGACGGGACCAACCAGUCGGGCGUCGACGACGAUGAUGGAGAUUUAUUCCACAAUAGCCUGUUUGGAUCACGCAGCCCCCUGGGGCUUCAAAGCACUCUCCGGGCCUUGAGUGGUAUGAUGUCGGGAAUGUCUUCUCGCCUGCGAGAGAUCUUGUCCAACUUGAGAACGAAGGAAGACCCGUCAAUCCAACUGAUUGCCCUACAAGAGCUAUCGGACCUUCUGCUCGUGUCAAACGAGGACAACCUCUCUGGCCAAUUCUCCCCAGACCCGUACGUAAAGGAGCUGGUCUCUCUGAUGCAGCCUAGUGAGUUUGGCGAGGAGAACCCCGAAAUCAUGCUUCUUGCCUGCCGCUGCCUGGCAAAUUUGAUGGAAGCUUUGCGGGGGUCGGUGGCCAACGUUGUUUACGGCGGUGCUGUUCCGAUCCUGUGCCAGAAGUUACUCGACAUUCAAUUUAUUGAUUUGGCCGAACAGGCUCUUAGCACUCUGGCGAAAAUUUCCGUCGAUUUCCCAGCAUCCAUAGUGCGAGAAGGUGGUCUGACAGCAUGCUUGACUUACCUUGACUUUUUCCCAACCAGCACACAACGUACCGCCGUGACCACUGCCGCGAACUGCUGCCGCAACCUGCCACACGAUUCUUUCCCUGUGGUCCGAGACGUGAUGCCUACACUCUUGAACGUCCUUUCUAGCAACGACCCGAAGGUAGUGGAGCAGGGCUGCUUGUGUGUAUCUCGGAUCGUGGAAAGUUUCAAGCACAAACCUGAGAAGCUUGAGGAACUGAUUGAACCGGAAAUGCUGAGGGCCGUGCUUCGUCUGCUUUUGCCGGGAACGACGAAUCUCAUUGGGCCCCACAUCCACACCCAAUUCCUUAGGGUUCUGGCAAUCACGUCUAAAGCAAGCCCCAGGCUCUCCGUGGAGCUGCUCAAGAUGGAUGUAGUUGACACGCUGUAUCAAAUCCUGACUGGCGUAUCGCCACCGGAAAACCUCGAGGACACGGCGGUCAAGAUGGACAGUGUUCUUGUUAUGCAGGCCUUGAUACAUCGCCCGAAAGAACAAGUUUUCGAAACCCUGAAUGUCAUUUGCGAGUUGUUGCCCGGUGUUCCCGGCCGACAGGUUUCGCAAGCAGAUGGGUGGCUAGGCUCCCCUCUCGAUGUGGACCCAACACUGGCGCUGAAAUCACCCAAAGCCAGAGAAUCCGCUGAGAAGCGGCGUUCGUUGUUGAUGGACUGCACGACCGAACUCAAGCGUUUCGCCAUGAUCCUGCUGCCCACCUUGACCGAUGCCUAUUCUAGUACCGUCAAUCUAGAGGUGCGGCAGAAGGUUCUGAUCGCUCAACUUAAGAUGCUGCAUAACUUGGAUGCUCCUUUGAUCGAAGAGGCUCUGCAGACGGUGCCAUAUGCCUCGUUCCUAGCAUCCAUUCUCUCUCAAAAGGAUCACCCUUCUCUCGUGUCCUCUGCUCUCCGAUGUGCGGAACUCCUCUUCCAGCGCCUAGAGCAUGUCUAUCAGCAUCAAUUCCAUCGUGAGGGGGUUAUUUCCGAGAUCUUCAAACUUGCCGAGGGUCCUCUGUCCACGGACAAGCAAGCAAAGUCUUCCCGAAAGUCACCUGCCACCGGAAACGCAGAUAUGCCCGGUGACUCUCGUGAGGAACCCAGCCAGGUUAAUCGGGAGGCCAGCUCAGACGAUGAGCAUGCUUCGGAUGAUGACGAAGGUCAUGACGAUGACUACGACGAGCAAGAUGACGAUGACAACGAUGACAUGUCAGAGUCUGAGAGCUCUUCCUUCUCGGGACAGGUGCUUUCCACGAGAAUCGACAAUGUGAUGAAGGACCUUGUCGUUCGUGACGCCCGAGCAUUUGUCGAACUGCACGAAGCUAGCCCAGGUAAAGAGAUGCGCGACAAGGCUCUGGAAACUUUGACUGAGUUGCAGACGCUUGCUGCGGAUAUUGAAGCUUGCUAUCUUGGCGGUGCCGAUGGAGAUGGCCUCGCGCUCUUCAAGAAACUGGCCACUUAUUUUGACGGGGACGCUCUUGAAAGUAUCACUAGCUCGGAGUUGCUGAACUCGGGCAUUAUUAGAAUUCUUUUGGAUGUAUUUGCGGAUUUCCAAGCUCCAUCAAUGCGCGAAGCUCGGGCUGCAUUUUUGCAGGCGUUUAUGGGUACCAGCAUUUCCGAGAAGGCGCAAAGCCAGAGUACGGCGACAACACCGUUCAGCGUGCUGAUCCACAAACUUCAAGACCUGCUCAGCCGGACUGAGCACUUUGAAGUGAUAACCGUCAGCCACAACUCGCUGGAGAAUACACGCAGCAAUGCCACCUAUAUGCUGGGCAAACAGCUUAGACUGAAAUUGGUGGCCGACGAGGAUUCCGAUAUUCCUCGUUCUUAUCGAAAUAUCAUGGUCUCCAUCCACGCCAUCGCAACAUUCAAGGCCUUGGAUGACUUCCUCCACCCGCGAAUCAGCCUGUCAGAUCGACCAAAACCAUCUCGCAGCCGCGACACGAUUCUUUCCCAAAUUGCCAACGCGGCGCGUCUUCGGGAGCAGCUCACCGGCGGUGGCGAGGCUCCGGGAAGUGACACGCCCCCUUUCCCUCGUUCCUUUGCCGGAACAAAUCAACCAUCGCGUCCCGCGGAGUCACGUCCUGCUGCCAAGGAACCAUCCACUGAGGGUCGUGGGUCGCGGUCGAGGCGCUCUGCUCGACACCAGCAAGCAUCGGAAGGGGAUGAACACGAUGGCGAGCCUCUGGAAUGUGCGGAUGAGCGCCAGCUGAGUGAUGCAGAGGACGAGGAAGAGGAUGGUGGGGACGAUGAGGAGCUGAACGCGAUUGUUGAUGAUCUUGACGACGAUCUCUCUGAUGACAAUGCACCCGACCCCACCGCCGUCAACAUGGAAGUUGCCUCCUCAGGCAAGGUUACGGCCCGGAAAGAAGAUGGCACUCGCGUGGCGACUCCCUCUCAGUCCACGCCCGCUUCCAAAUCCUCUUCCUCUGCGACUCCCGCUCCGGCUUCGAACCCCGCCGGGAACAGCUCUCUCGCUCUGGCCGGUCGGCCAUUCUCCUCCUACGCUGCUGCCAUGGCCUCCAUCCCCUCUGAUUGGCAUAUCGAGUUCAGUGUGGACGACCAGCCCGUCUCAAGCGAGACGACGAUCUACCGUGCGGUGCAUCACAACCGCCAACUUUCGGACCCUCUAGCAAGGAAUGUGUGGUCCGCCGUCCACACCGUCAAGUUCAGACGGGUUCCAGGCCCGCCUCCUCCCGAGCCGACCUCUCUUGUAUCUGGAUCGUCAAAGCCCGACGCGGAAUUGGGCGUCACCGAAAUGCCGUCUUCUCUGAGCCAGGAUUUCACCACUGCGUCGAUCCUGCGGUUGCUCCGCGUUCUGCACGAAAUGAAUGCCACUCUUGACGAUAUUCUGGCCGAGACCAAGGAACUGGUCGCACUCAAACCCGAGUCGCUCGCCCAGUUCAUCAACACCAAACUCACCGCCAAGCUCAACCGGCAAAUGGAAGAACCACUGAUCGUGGCUAGUAGCUGUCUUCCAAGCUGGAGCGAAGAUCUCGCCCGACUGUUCCCCUUCUUGUUUCCAUUUGAAACCCGCCACUUGUUCCUUCAGUCGACGGCAUUUGGCUACUCACGGGCAAUGAUGAGGUGGCAUAACUCUCAGAACGGUGACGACGGCCGGAAUGACCACCGUCGUGACGAUCGGCCUUUCUUAGGCCGCCUGCAGCGCCAGAAGGUACGCAUUUCGAGAAGUCGUAUCCUCGAGUCCGCUAUGAAGGUCAUGGAGCUGUACGGCUCCUCGCCUAGCAUUCUGGAGGUUGAAUACUUCGAAGAAGUGGGCACCGGGUUAGGCCCCACCCUUGAAUUCUACUCGACCGUCUCGAAGGAGUUCUCCAAGAAGAAACUCAAGAUCUGGCGGGAGAACGAUUGUAACAACGCUGAAGAGUACGCCUUCGGCAGGCGAGGGCUGUUCCCGUCUCCGAUGAGCGAUGAGCAAGCGGCUUCUGAGUCGGGCAAGAAGCAAUUGCAGCUGUUCAAGGUGCUUGGAAAAUUUGUUGCUCGGUCGAUGCUUGACUCGCGAAUCAUCGAUAUCUCUUUCAAUCCAGCCUUCUUCCGCAUCGCCGAUCUCUCAUCCUCAGUCGCCCCGUCGUUGGGCACGGUCAAGGCGGUUGAUCAUGACCUGGCAAACUCGCUGCUUCUUUUGAAGAGCUUUGCCAAUGCGAAGAAGGCGGUCAUCGACAAGAAGUUACCCGACGUGCAGAAGACGCAAGCUUUGCACCAGAUUGAGGUAGAUGGUGUUAAAGUCGAGGAUCUAGGCCUUGAUUUUACAUUACCCGGCUAUCCGGCCAUUGAUCUCAUCACCGACGGAUCUAACAUCCCGGUGACAAUCGAGAAUGUGGAUCUGUAUGUCGACCGAGUAGUAGACAUGACUCUCGGCAGCGGUGUGCAACGUCAAGUCGACGCAUUCCGAACUGGAUUCUCGCAGGUCUUCCCGUAUGCGGCCCUGCGAACUUUCACGCCGAGCGAGCUAGUCAUGCUGUUUGGACGAGCUGAAGAAGACUGGACGAUCGAGACUCUUAUGGAUUCCAUCAAGGCGGACCAUGGAUUUAACAUGGACAGCCGAAGCGUUCGGAAUUUGUUGCAAACUAUGAGCGAACUGAGCGCGCAGCAACGACGGGACUUCCUUCAGUUCGUCACUGGUAGUCCAAAGCUUCCCAUUGGAGGCUUCAAAAGUCUGACUCCUAUCUUCACUGUUGUGUGUCGCCCCAGUGAACCGCCAUACACGCCGGAUGAUUAUCUUCCUAGCGUCAUGACCUGUGUAAAUUACCUCAAAUUGCCCGACUAUAGCAGCCUGGACGUUCUCCGAAACCGAUUGACCGUUGCCAUCAAGGAAGGCCAGGGGGCCUUCCACCUGUCUUGAUCCAUCGGCUCCCCGAUAGACUUUUUAGCAGACAAUAUCGGCGGUGCCUUUUCUUGGUUGGCUGGCGUGGAAGACACGCAGAAGAGAAAGAUGAAGGUCUACCAGAAUUAACACAAAAGCACAUAUCGCGGUGCACUGGUACCAAAAAAAAAAAAUGUUAGCAACAUACCCUUUUUAUAGCAUGGCAAUGGGAGAAAUUUUAAUGGCAGCAUGAGUGAAUCUGUGAUUUCUUAUCGGCCGGCCUUCUGCGUUCGGGUUCCUUUGAUUUUGUUUUGAUCACUUCGUCCUGUUCGAGUUCUCGGGUUGGGAAGGAGUUUCUGGGGGUCUCUUAUUAGUGUCUACUACUAGAUAGAAAAUGGACUUGUGUGAUCUGAG